CUAGCAGUGUUCUGGCCAUUGACCAGGCCAGGGGGCCCAUCACCUUAGUACUGGCAGAAGAUGGCACCAUUGUUGAUGAUGAAGAUUACUUCCUGUGUUUGCCAUCUAAUACCGAGUUUGUGGCCCUAGCCAAGAAUGAGAAAUGGCCCAGCAGAAGCUUAGGCAGCGGAACAUCCCGGCUGUCCGAGCCUGCCGACGAGGUGGACAGUGGUGCAGAGAGGUGGAAGCAGCUGGCCAGGCAACUGAAGGAUGACCUGUCUAAUAUCAUCUUGAUGUCUGAAGAAGACCUCCAGGUGCUUAUUGAUGUACCAUGUUCAGACCUGGCAGAAGAACUUGCCCAAAGUCAACCCAAAACCCAGGCACUGCAGGACACCCUGCAGCGGGUGCUGGACAGACGAGAAGAAGAACGGCAGUCGAGACAGCUCCUGGAACUCUACCUAGAGGCCCUGAAAAAGGAAGAUGGCAUCUUAAGCAAAGUAGCAGCAUCUGAGACUGUACCAGGGAAGAAGAAGGAUGAAGUUGAUGCAGGUACCAGCAGUACAGGCACCACAGCCACAACAGCACUCAGUGACCACAUCCUUGCUGUUCUGAAAGAGAAACCUGCUCCAGAGCUCUGCUUGGACAGUCAAGAUCUAGAGCUGGUCUUGAAAGAAGACACACAAGCCCUGUCCUCAGCCCUGCGAUGGGACAAGGAGAAAGCUGAAGCUCUGCAGCAAGCCUGUGACCAGGAGCUCUCCAAGCGUCUACAGCAAGUGCAGACUCUGCAUUCCCUAAGGAGCACCUCCAAGGGGAAGAAAGCACUACCCUGGGGAGACUGGCCCAGCUCAAAACGCAGAAAAUGA